CCUAGCAAAUCGAAAGGAUAAAACGCGCACGGUGAACACUGUUGCGGGACAUUUGUAUAUUUCUAGUUUUAUAUAUUUUUUUUCUUAUUUACCAAAGAAAAAAGGAAACAAAAAAAACCCAUUCAAGUGUAAACAACAUAAUACUCUGUAUAUAAACAUACAUAUACUCUUAUAUGUAUGGGGAGCAUCGAGCGAUAAAGUACAAAACAGAAUAAUAGAAAAGUUUCAGUGGCAAAAACAAUUACAUGCAAUUGUUUGCGGGAUAUCUGUAGGAGCUGAACAGGCAACGGUUCUUGUUUGUUUCCACAGUUGGUUGCUUUCAAAGGAUGCUUAACUGAAAUUCGACUUGAUACAAAGUACAAUCGAUAUAACAAAAUGUUCCAAACAGUAUCUUUAAACUAAAUACGAUAUAAGAACCACAGAAGCUUAGUAAACUCAGAAUGCAUCAGGUGCUCAGCUAUGAGACGGCUGUGAGGGCCAACAGCAGCUCGCGUGAAUACCGCGAAUAUAUUUCAAAGCGCACCUGCGCCUCACUUCUCCUCACCAUUGGCUUCUUUAUGCUUAUAUCAGGCUACUUACUGGGCAACUUUGUAACGGAACGCAAAUAUCACAUACGCCAGCUGCUUACAAAAAAGGCAAUCAAGCACGGAGAUGGAAGCGGGAAUGGCGUCGGGGACGUGGAUGGGGAUGGGAACCGGUAUGUGCAGCUGAAUAGCGUGGAUUAUGGCAACUUGCAGGAGAUGCGUGCUUAUCAAAAGAACAGGGACCAACUGCUGACUGCCGCCCAGGUGCUGAACAAGCUGCUGCAGCAAGACGAGAGCGAAAAAUAUUUGGCCACAUCCUUAAAUACGGAGAUCUUUAACAAGUACAUCAGCUGCACUCAGGAUAUACCGCCGAAUACGAACAUCAAAGCUAGCCAGUUUAUAGAGCAACUGAUAGAUAAUACCAUUGCCAGACAGCGUGAUUGUAUGCGAAUUAUUCAGGUGGUGAUCGAUAAUCAUCUGGCAAACAGUCAGCUAUGAGUCACGUUAACAAGCUGCCAAAUUGAAAUGAAACGCUACAGUCGAAUCAAUCUGUUUUUAGUUCUACAGCCAAAUUAUAUAUUUAUAUUCU